AUGGAGGAAAUUGAUCCACCAGUUCCUUCAGGAGAAGUCACCCCACCAACUACAGUGCGGUCCCAAUCACCUGCUACGUAUGCUCCACCAGAUGUCCCGCCAUCCAUGUACAUGCCAUCGCCUCUGGUGCCUCUAGUUUUACCAUCUUUCAAUGAAGCUAUACGCAUCGCAGCGCUCAAAGGCACAGUUAAUCAGAUGGCCUCCGACAUCAUUGAACUUAUGGCUUUGCUCAGGGGACCAAACCAUGUCUCUUCGAGUUCCAUCCCGCCUCCUGCGUAUGGGUCAAUGGUUGAUUCGUCUCCUUGGGUCCCACCAACCCUUGCACCAGAGAGCGAUGUUGUACCUAUGCCUGCGCCAACACACUUCUCGGCGACUGUUCCAUCAUUGACACAUGCACCGGAGGUAUAUCCGGCAGUUGCUCUUCCGAUAACACUUUCGGCGACUUUCCCUCAUCCACCAAUGACAGUGCCGAUAAUUGAUCCAGCUAUGCUUGCGCUUCCUCCGAUGCCAGUAUCAGCUACCAACCUCAUCUACAUUGCUCCUAUGCCGACGGUCUUCCCGGCAACAAGCACACAUGCUCCUGCUCCCAUCACUGAACCAUUUCCUUUCCUAGCUCCACAACCCCAAAUAAGCCUUCCACACCGAACUCCAUCGAUCCUAAACAUUCCUUACUAUAACCCGGGCGUACAAGUUGUGGUUGCCCCUGAAGCUCCACCAACAUAUAUUCUCCCCACUGCGGAGACAGAGCAGGAGUGCCGGAUGAAACGAAUGGAAGAGAUGAUGAAGGCCCUCCAGGAAAGUGACUCUCGUUACGACGCGAGUUACUUGGACCUGAAUCUCUUUCCAGACAUGAGGUUGCCCCCAAAGAUUAAGAUUCCCGACUUUGACAAGUAUGACGGUACCACGGAUCCAAAGCCACAUCUGCAAGGCUAUCGAAACUGCAUGAUGCCGUACUAG